UCCGUCGCUCGUUACUGCGAACAUCUUUGGGCUUGUUGCUUUUCUCGCGCCCUCCAUUGAUCCACAACCUAGUCACUUAAUUGCUCGUUUAAUUAAGUAGGUAAUCCAUAACCUCAGGUCGUCUAGUCAUCGACCCAUCUCUCCAACUACCUACAUCCGAUAACCGUUAACCUACCACCAACUCAGACAUUUUUGCAAAUCGGUCGCAGCUUAUGAAUACCGACAACUCUUGGCUUGACCAGACAUGUCAUGGAUCGCAGUCAAUUUCCAGCUUGUCAAGUAUUCCUCAGUGGAAGGCACCCACUGGUUCUACGAUCCUGUGCAUCCGUCCACCAUCCAAUUCCUGCUAGAUAGCCAAUGGCAACCGUGGGAUGUCGGAUGGGUGAAGCAGCGAGCUCAGGACCCGGAAAUCCGACGAAUUGCAGAAGACGCAGAAACCCGACUGGUUCAUAAUCCUUCCUUUGGCUAUCGACCUUGGCCAACGCACUCCCCAACAACCUCAACACCGCAAAAUAGCUCUUUGCGUGUCGGCGUUCAUCCAAUAUCUCACAGAGUACCUCAAUCUCCCCUCAAAAGCGACACUUCAUCUUCGUCAAAGGCCGGAUCAUCCGCCCAUCACCGCUACAAUAGCUUACCUCAGCUCUCAACCAGCCCAAUCUCUCCUCUUACUGCUGGAUCCAAUCAAUCACUCCAAAGUCCAGCUUCAUAUAAUUCACCAUACUCUGCCCAGCGUUCUCACCUGACCACAGUUGCUGCUACGCCGUUGACAUCGACCAUAACUGCAAAGCCUCAACAGUCACACGACCCAGCCGCUCUCCAGCAACUGAAUCCCCCAGAAUUAGCACCAAGGGAACAUCACCGCGGUUCCAUCCCACCCCCCACUCCUCCACUUGAAUACUCGCCAUCGAUUACUGGCGGAUCAGAUCCCCCAGAGUAUCCGACCCGAGAACAACCCAAAUCAUCCUCCUAUUCACAAACGGCGAUUGCAUACCCGCCAUCCUCCCACAUAUCCGCCCACGAAGCCUCUUCUGCUCCGAUUAAUGUGUCGAUCAACCGAGAAACCAAGGUCCUACUCUCCCUGGAUGGGGAUGGCAUCCGUGGGCUCACGGCUGCUCUGCUCGUAGAAUCAUUGGUCAAUGCAGUAUGCAGCAGACUGGGUCGACAGUUGGACCCACACCAGAUCUUCGAUCUCAUGGGUGGUGUAUCAACAGGGGGACUGUUGGCAAUCAUGAUAGGUCGACUGCGAAUGAGGGCCCACAAAGCAAGAGAGGCGUAUUUGGACAUUGUCAAACAUGUAUACAAUGACAAGUUCGAGUUCUUCUCCUCGUUCGCCCCAGAUACAAAUGCCCCACCACACACCCAGGUAGAUCGAGGCUUAGAACAGAGCAUCAAGGACAUGGUGAUCAGCCAGGAUGUGAAUCCGGAGGAAAAGUUCUUUGACGAGCGGCCUGGCGCUACUAAAGUCUUCACAAUCUCCACCAAGGUCGAGAUCGGAUGCAAUCAGGCGGCCGCGAUCAUUCGCUCGUAUCCGACUCGUCGAAUGGCAGGACCCGAGGUCGACCCCGAUCUCUCGUUGUGGCAAGCUAUUCAUUAUACUCUGGCGGCACCUCGCUACAUAUCUAAUGAAGGUUCCCGCGAGCGGAGGACCAUUAUCGAACCCGGCUUCGUCGACUACGGCGCCUCCAAGAACAACCCUGUCCGCGACCUCUUCUACGAAUGCCGAAAGCUCUACAGCUACGGCAAUGACACGAUGGUCAUAGUCUCCAUCGGCACCGGCACAGGCUGCGACCGACUCUGCGAGGUAACCGACAUGGCCAACAGCGUGGAAGACCGCAAGGCCGAGGCCAAGUUCGCAGGCGACAAAUUCGAAGCCGACAUGCACGACCUGAGAGAUCGGGGCUGGAUGAAAUACUUUCGGUUCAACGUGCCCGAUCUAUUCGAUGUACCACUAGAUGAAUCAGGACAGCUGGACCAUCUUAUGAUGAAGACGCACGCAUAUCUUGCGCAGCCGGAGGUCAGUCAGCAGUUCUACGGUUGCGUCGAGGCGAUUGCGGCGACUGUGGUGGGCGACCUGAAGGCAUGGCCGAGAACUGCCCUCUGAUGCAAUGUACUCUGAAGGACACGUGCUAGAGGAUCUAUCUAAUGAAAUAUAUCCACGGAGACGUAUACUCUUACGAUAUCACAAACUCUUUCCUAACCAUCAACACGAGACACGAAGCCAAUCUACCGAUCAAAAAGGACAAAAGCACGUUAACGAUUAACGACUACGA